AUGCUCACAGAGACUUGCCCUCAGCACUGGACUCCUUAUGGUACCCGCUGUUUCCAGUUUGUCUCCACAGCAAGAACUUGGGCCGAAUCUGAGAGUCACUGUGUGGCGAUGGGAGGGAACCUGGCUUCGGUGCACAGCAUAGCUGAGUACAGCUUCAUCCAGGAACUGAUCCGCAAACGCACUCAAGGCGCACCUCGUACUUGGAUCGGAGGAUAUGAUGCUGCUCAGGAGGGUCUGUGGUUUUGGAGUGAUGGGUCCAGGUUUGAUUACACUAACUGGGCUCCUGGUCAGCCUGAUAAUGCUGGAGGAGAGCAUUGUGUGGAAAUGAAUUUUCCAGGUACAGUCAUCACUAUUCAAAUAAUAUUUCUGCUGCAAUACAAAUCUUGA